GUUGCCAACCGCCAUAAAACUCCACAAGAAGAAGAAGAAGAAGAAGAAGGUCGCUCUCACUGGUAAACAUGGCGUCCAGGGCACCGGUUGCGACGGGCAGGCUCAUGCUUGGUUUCCGCAAAUGGUAUUACAACUUAUGUGGCUUCAACAAGCUUGGUUUAAUGCGCGAUGACACAAUAUAUGAGGACACAGAUGUGAAGGAGGCCCUGAAGAGGCUUCCAGAGAACGUUUAUAACGACAGGACAUUCAGGAUCAAGAGAGCCCUGGACCUCUCAAUGAAGCAGCAGGUCCUCCCCAAAGACCAGUGGACAAAAUACGAAGAGGAUGUCAAUUAUCUUACACCAUACCUGGAGGAGGUGGUCCGUGAGAGGAAAGAAAGGGAGGAAUGGAUGAAGAAGUAGCACUUCCUUAUUACGGUUGUUCAUUAUGUGGUUGGUGCAUGAUUGUCCCCUGGUGUAAUAUGUAAAGUUUUAGAAUGAAAUUUAACCUAUGUUAAAACAAUGCUCAAUAAAGAAAUGUACAUUGACAUUUUAAA